CGCAUGCGCGGCUGGUUGGCGGGAGUUUCCGAAGCCGCGGCGGUGAUCCCGAAGGGCGGAUUGGGCGUCGGAGUAAAAGCCAGAGUGCCCGCGGCGGAGAGACUGCGAGUGUCCAGAGAGUUCACUCAGAAUGACCUCAGUGACCACAUCAGGAGAAGAGGAACCAAUGAUGUCCAAGACUCAUGAUCACCACUUGCAGUCCAGUCUCCACCUUGUGGAAGUGUGUACUACUAACCCCUCUGCCUGCCUGGAGAUGACUCAAGGCAAUUCAAAGGAAAGAAGUCACUUUGGCUGUAGUCCCGAAAAAGAGGAAAGUUGUGCUGUCAGCCACCAAGAAGGACUUGACUUGAGGGCUCUUCAUUUGUCCCCUGAAGAACAUUCUGUCCAUCACCAAGACAGGAGACAGUCCUGGCGGCGAGCAAGUAUGAAAGAAAUGAACCGGCGGAAGUCGCUACCUCCCUUUCACCAGGGCAUCACAGAGCUCAGCAAGUCCAUCGGCAUGAACUUAGCAGCAAGCAAACGGCUUGGCGCUCUCCUGCUUUCCAGCUUCCAGUUCUCUGUUGACAAACUUGAACCUUUCCUAAAGGACACUAAGGGCUUCAACCUUGAAUGUUUUAGAGUGAAAGCAUCUUCUCUAGCUGAAGAAUUGAAACAUUUUACAGACAGACUAGAAAGUGAUGGAACUCUACAAAAAUGUUUUGAAGAUUCAAAAGAAAAAGCCUCAGAGUUUUCGCUGGAAACAUCAGUGGCUGAAAUGAAAGAAUAUAUAACCAAGUUUUCUUUAGAACGUCAGGCUUGGGAUCAGCUCUUGCUGCGCUACCAGGAGGAGGCUCCACCAGAGAUGUCCAGAGAAUCAACAGAAACUAAAAUUACUGAAGACAAAGUGGAUCCUGUAACAUACCUUGGGUCUUCCCAGAGUGAGGUUCUUAACAGCAAACCUGACUACCAGAAAAUACUCCAGAACCAGAACAGCGUCUUUGAGUGUAUGGAGCUAGUGAUGGAUGAGCUGCAAGGGUCAGGGAAGCAGCUGCAGGCCUUUAUGGAUGAAAGUACUGCGUGCCUCCAGAAGGUGUCAGCACAGCUUGAGAAGAGAAGCAUGGAACAGUCAGAUUCCUCACCUGCUCGAAAACUACUCAGACUUCACUUACAGAACUCAUCUACCACUCAGUGAUCAGAGUAUUGUCAGUAAAUUUGCCUACCCACUCUCUCUGCUUUGAAGUGCCCAGAGGAGAGCUGUAGGAAGAGUGCCUACCAGGGGGCAACUUCAUAGCCAUCUGGACUGGAAAGUUCUGUCUUGUUGUCCUUGAUGCUGACUGACUCACUGCAGAGCACUUUGGUUUUUUUUUUUUUUUGAGUGAUAGCAUUUAUGUGCCCAAAAGACUUGUAAGAUUGGAAAUGGGUCUUAGGUGCUCAGGAGAUGGCUCAGUAGUUAAAGAUGUUUGUCAGCCCAGGUUCAUUUCCACAGCACCCACAUGAAGCCAGACGGAAAACGUGGCACAUGCAUCUGGCGUUUGUGUCGCAUAGGCUGUGGUGCCUGAUAAACACACACAUACACACAAAUAAAUAAAAAAUUAAAAGGGUAUUUAGAACCAUUGGCCUAUUUUUUUAAAUAUCGUUUAUGGUCAGAAAUCUUUAUGUUCUGAAGAUUUUUUUUUCAAGUUUUUUUUUUGUUGUUUGUUUUGUUACUGUGUUUUGUUUUUUCGAGAUAGGGUC